AUGCUGGAAAAGUUUGAUUUCUGCCCAGGAAUUUCAUGGAAAUUAACAUCCAUUUUGAUGAAGCGAGUUGCAAAAUUAACAAAUAUAGACAAACUGGUUGCAAUUUCAUGGGAUGAGACCAAAUUGAAGCCUUACUUGAGGUACAUCAAGAGUAACGACUGCAUCACUGGUUAUGCUGAUUACGGAAAUGGCAAUCGAGAAAACAAGCCUGCAGAUUCCAUCCUCAUUUUCUUAGUAAAAUCCAUCACACCUAGUGGCAAAUCUUGGAAGCAACCCUUGGGGUACCAUCUCAGCUCAGGGCCUGUAAAAAGCAAUGUGCUUAAAAAGUUGAUUGAGUUUUGGAUCAAGUUUUCAAUUGCCAUUGACUUGAAACCAAUUAUCACAGUAUGCGACCAAAGCUCGCCAAAUGUGAAAGAUUUACGUGAUCUCGGAGUAAGUGAACAUAAUCCCGUAAUUAAAAUUGACUCGAGAGAAAUCAUCACGUCUUUUGAUCCACCCCACAUUUUGAAGUGCUUGCGCAACUUAUUUUUACAACAUGGCGUGUGGACCAACAAAGGGUAUGCAAAUCCUGAGCACAUCGUAAUGCUCUACGGAAUUGACCGGCAGUCAAGCCCAAAGUUCUGUACUAAACUCACUGACAUUCAUUUGCAUCCAUUCGGCAAACAAAAAAUGAAAGUCUCAGUAGCAGCAGAGCUACUGAGUUACACUGUUGGUAGUCUCCUCAACAUUUUGACAAGGUUUGAAAAACAAGGACUUCCACCUGAAGCUAACAUCACUUCCCAAUUUGUACUGGACGUGGACGCUCUCUUUGACUCAUUUAAUGGAGCACAAAAAAGGAUGAGGUCCUCAAAAAAAUUACGAGGCCCCCUGCAUGAAGGAAGCCCACACAUUGAUUUUUGCGAAGAGAUCGAAGAAACGGUUAAAGGCUGGAAGAUAUUAGACAAAGAGGGCCAUGUCGUACAGACACCAACGAUCAAGAGUGUCUUAUGGGGCAUUGCAGCCUACAGAAAAUUAUUGGAGACCUUUAGUGAAAAUCACGUGGAUGAGGUUUUCAUCAGCGAAUGCUCUCAAGAUGCCUUGGAAAAUUUGUUUGGAGUAGCCAAGUACUACGCUGCCCACUACCACACUCCGUCCCCUCAAGAUUUUAAGUUAGGCCCACCGAGAAAAAAGUCAACCAAAAGGUGCCCAUUGGGUGCCCGCGUUCGGUCACCCGGCUACCCCCCUUGGGCACCCAGAUGGGCACCCAUUGGUUAUACCGCAUGUCCAACCCUUCGGGCACCCGCGAGCGGUCAUGCCCAGAAUUCGGUCACCAAAUGGGCACCCAUUAAAUAA